AUGCAUAUGAAAGACCUAGAACUUCUUGUUAGAUUAGGAUUACCUCACAUGGAGAAAGAACUUUUAGACCCACUCCGAUCCAAAUUGAAAGAAUUACAAGAUAAAAUAGAUGAAAAGAAAGCCAAAGAAAUGAAAACUGUCAAUGAAGAUGCUGAUGUUUUUAAACUCUAUGCCCAGAAUAAAUUAGAAGAAUUAUACGGAGCUCAAAUGGCAGUUUUGCUUUACGAAGUAUUUGAUGUUUUGCUUAAAGAAAACCUUUAUUAUUAUUUAGAAAAGUAUCCUGACAAAUAUAAAGAAAUUGAUUCUGAUCUAAAAAUUGACACUAUAACAUGGGUGAACUUAAAGAAACAGUAUAUUUUUGCAACUAUUUUUGUGACAGAGAUUUUAUCUAAAGGCGGCGGCAAAGAAAUUACAGCCUCAGACUUAUAUCAAGAAAUAUACAAAAUGUUCACUGACAAUGAAAAAGAUUAUCAACAAUUAAUAAAACAAUUUAUUGAUAAAAAUAAAACUAAAUUCUUACCCAAGUUGAAAAAGAAAGAAAGAAACCAAAUUAUUCUACUUCAUGCCGACUAUAAAGAGAAAAUAGAAACAUUAACGACAAAGCCUGAUCAUAAAUUUGUCGAAGAGGUCUUAAAUACAGAUGCUGGAAACCUCUAUCAUCAGAAACAAACAAUUAUUGAUAUUUUUUUUGAAGAAUAUAAGAAUUGGAGAGAAAAAACUUUUCCAGAUAUCAUUAAUAGAUUAAAGCCAAAAUUUUCGGAUCAACGAAGAUGGGAAAAAAAAGUAAAGGAAUUUGAUGAUAUUAAGAAAAAUAUUGCGCAAACUGAAUUUCUAAAUGUUUGUAACAAAAUUGAAGAAAAAUAUAAUUUAAG